AACUUAAUUUUGAAUGCACUUACAUGUAUGACAAGCUUGGCAGCCGCCGGGGGAAGCGUGUGCGUGUCCGCCGGUAGCCGGUGGCCGAAGCUACGGUGAGAAAUGUCGGUGAGCUGCAGGCUAGCACUGACUUUGUGACAGUGUCGAGUAAAUGGCUCUUCAAGCAAGAUACACUAGUUUCUACGGCAGUCGUCUGUCUGACGCUAAGUUCGUCUACACCUGCGCUGCAGUUUGAAGACCCUGGCACCCUGCCGGACCGCAGCCUUCAGAGAAACUGAAUCUGAGAGCUCCCCGCAUCUCAUAAUAACUCGAGAGGAAUUUAACUUCAAAUGUUCGGCAUCAAAGACACUGAGGCUUUGAUUUUCGGCGUCUGACUUUUAAGUAUAUGGAACAAAACUUGGAACAGAUUGUAUGUCUUUCCAACUUCAUUUCCUACCUUGGACAGCAUGGAUGCUCUCUUUGAAUCAGGUUGACCAUAUUUCACCUCAUCCCCUCCUUCCUGUCUCCUCGGUAGAAGGAGGGUGGGGGAUUGGUGUGGCGCCCCUACCCCUCCUUCUAGAGUGGGCGAGUACCUGAGCACUAAACCAGUUGCUCAUUUCUGUUGCCUUGAGCUCCCACCGACUCCAUCCCUCCAUUCCAUCGCCGUCUUCAUGAAAUCCUGCCAGAGCCUCAAGGAAGAGGUUUCCGUCCCUAGCCUUGGCGGGAUGUCACAGGAGGAAGGACGCAGGGCACAGGUGUCCCAGUCCUAUUUUCACCCCCCUAACACAGAUCUGGACCUGACGGGCAAGCUUCAUAGGAGGGAGGUUGGUGGCAAGCCUUAUUCUGUGUUAGUGGACAAUAAAAUGGCAACCAAGACAACCAUGGGUGAUCUGAACAUUGGUCUGUUGCCCACUCAACAUGUGACUCCUCAGCAGCAUCAGCAGUAUUUCAGAGAGGGAGGAGCAGGGCAGGAGUUGGACACACAGGGUUCCCAGGCUGGCAACGAAGGCACCUCUGAUGACACUGAAGACGAUGAUGAAGACGAGGAAGAAGAGGGCGAGGAGGAGGGUUUCAAGCGUGAGCAGAUCAUCGUCGAAGUUAAUCUGAACAAUCAGACCCUUCAUGUAUCCAAGGGGGACAACAAAACUGGAACCGCAGCAGAUGACUCUGAGAGACCUGGCAGCGACGAGGACGAUGACGAGGAGGAGGAGGAGGAAGAAGAGGAAGAGGAAGAGGAGGAGGAGGAAGAAGAGGACAGCCCCGGUGAAGAAGAGGAGGAAGACGACGAAGAAGAUGAGAUUGAAAGUCGAAGAACAAGGUCAAAGAGGGCCCGUCGGGGCGCUAGUAGCACAGCGGCUUCCAGCCAGCCGCGGAGGAAAAGCCUCCGAACAACUCUGAGCACCGCCACGUCUGGAAUGACCACCAGGGGGCGACGGACACGCAUCGAGCCUACGAAGAGCAAGCGCCGAUCGGCGAGGUCCGCCCCAUCAUCUGCCGGCUCCACAACCACGACAGCAGGAGGGAAAACAGAUGUGGAGGAGAAGGAGAUGCUGGCAUGUGAAAAGUGCCCCCGAGUGUUCAACACGCGCUGGUAUCUGGAGAAGCACAUGAACGUCACACACAGACGGAUGCAGAUUUGUGACAAGUGCGGAAAAAAAUUUGUCCUGGAGAGUGAGCUGGCCUUACACCAGCAGACUGACUGUGAGAAGAACAUCCAGUGUGUCUCCUGCAACAAGUCCUUUAAGAAGCUGUGGUCACUGCAUGAGCACAUUAAGAUCGUGCACGGCUACGCGGAGAAGAAGUUCUCAUGUGAAAUCUGUGAGAAGAAGUUCUACACUAUGGCUCACGUCCGUAAGCACAUGGUUGCUCACACUAAGGACAUGCCGUUUACCUGUGAGACAUGUGGGAAGUCGUUCAAACGCAGCAUGUCUUUAAAAGUUCACUCGCUCCAGCACUCUGGAGAGAAGCCCUUCCGUUGUGAGAACUGCGACGAGAGAUUCCAAUACAAGUACCAGCUGCGCUCCCACAUGAGCAUUCACAUCGGACACAAGCAGUUCAUGUGCCAAUGGUGUGGCAAAGACUUCAACAUGAAACAGUAUUUUGAUGAGCACAUGAAAACACACACAGGAGAGAAGCCUUUCAUUUGUGAGAUCUGCGGCAAGAGCUUCACCAGCCGGCCCAACAUGAAGCGCCACCGUCGCACCCACACCGGGGAGAAGCCCUAUCCCUGCGAGGUGUGCGGACAGCGCUUCCGCUUCUCCAACAUGCUCAAAGCACACAAAGAGAAGUGUUUCCGGGUCACCAGCCCUGUGGUCCUGCAGACCAGCGGCCCACCUGUGCCUGUCCGCAUCUUUGCCAACACCUUCUCCUCCUCCUCCUCCUCCGGCCCGGGCACCUCAGCUGCCACCCCGGCCACCACUUCAGCACCGCUGGGUCUCAGCCCAUCAGGAGGACCCAUGCCUCCUCGAGCUCCUGUCGGACACACAUUCUCCCAUGUGCAGCUCCACUCGACCUCCUCUCACCAUCAUCCCCACCCCCCGACAACCCAGCAACACCUCUCAAACACACCCCAACAUGCCCCACCUCACCCCCACCACCACCUGGCCGGGCCCCCAGUCCCCCACUUGCCCCCUCCCCCAGCCCUUUUCAAGAGUGAGCCCCUAAACCACUGUGGGCACGAGGACAACAGCUACCUGCACCACAUGGCCCCUCCUGACAAGGGUCCUGGAGCCCCACAACACCACUGAACUGUGCUCCAAGUCUGCAGACCCACACCAAACUGCGCCUUGUUCCUCCUCUUCCCAUAGUCCUGCCUCAGUCUCUCUAAGUUGCAAGGCCCCAAGUGAGGGGGGUGCUCCUCUCAAACAGAUUUAAAUAAGUCAAGCUAAACAUGCACACUCGUGUAUGUGUGAAAGAUUCAGACUGAUACGCCCUCAGUGCACACAGUAUUUAAGUACUAAACCUACUUAAAAACCCUGGUCAACUGACAAAAAUUUUACAACCUCUAGAGGUUUUUUUUCUUGAACUUUUUCUUAGGAAAUCUACACAAAAUGAUUCCUCCUGUGAGUUCUCUAUCUGUACAUUGAUGGGUGUAAAGUAUCUCUUUUUCAUCAAAAGCUGCUGAUGGAAGUCAAUGUAUGUAUUACCUGGGCUUCAUCGAUCAUCAAAGAUCAGUGUCAUUGAACUUUCCUCCUUAAUGUCCAGUUGACUUGUGGUUGCACAUUGGUCAGGACUUUUGCUUUAUGUGCAGGUCCUCCCCAUAGCAAUACUCAACCUGUCCUCCUUAUUGUACUGCAGAGCUGGGGGCCACACAGAAAUGUUUAUGAAUGUUGUAACUGGUUCUACCUGAGCCUUUCUCUGUCCUAAGGCCAAAGCUGUGGCUUUCUGUCAGAGGGGCAACAGCAGUAGUGCAAGACGCAGUGCCAUAGAAUGGA